GUAACGUUGGAAGGGAAGUUUGAUGGACUCCUUCCUCCCCUCCUUGCAGAACCCAAAACAAAAUCCCAAGUCUCUCUUUCUCCCCAUUCCUGUAAUCCCUCUUUCCUCCACCGUUAGCUUCCUCCAGCCACCGGCGAUCGGGCUGUCGCCGGUGUCUUUCUCUCUCUCCCUUUCCCCUCACGCAUCUGUUACCCUAGCCCUAUAGAUUUGAGCCCUAGCCACCGGUGAUCGCAAAGUAAUGGCCGGCUGAUUCUCUGGUGACUCUCUUUCUCUCCUUGAUCGCUGCGGCUACACAAGCAAAAGUCAGCAAGUGGUUUUGAAGCUUGAUUUGGACAGUUCCAUCUGCAGUGGCUUGAUCUGACUGCAGGACUCAGAACGAAAAUGGCGUCUGGAAAGACAGAGGGUUCAUCAGCUCCAGCCAUCCGAAGGGAUCCUUAUGAGGUUUUAAAUGUCUCAAGGGAUUCAUCAGAUCAGGAGAUCAAGUCUGCUUACAGAAAAUUAGCUCUCAAGUACCAUCCUGAUAAAAAUGGAAGCAAUCCUGAAGCCGCAGAGCUUUUCAAAGAGGUUGCUUAUUCAUAUGGCAUUUUAUCUGAUCCAGAGAAAAGAAGGCAGUAUGAUAACGCAGGCUUUGAGGCAAUAGAUGCUGAGGGCAUGGACAUGGAGAUUGACUUAUCCAACUUAGGAACUGUAAAUACAAUGUUUGCAGCAUUAUUCAGCAAGUUGGGAGUGCCUAUCAAGACCACAGUUUCUGCUUCUGUCCUUGAGGAAGCACUGAAUGGAACUGUAACUAUUAGACCUCUUCAAGUUGGAAGUUCCAGUAGCAGCAAGGUAGAGAAACAACAAGCUCACUUUUACAGUGUGACGAUAAGUGAUCAACAAGCUCAAGCUGGAAUUGUGAUUAGAGUAGUCUCAUCUUCCCAAAGCAAGUUCAAGCUCCUUUAUUUUGAACAAGAACCAAGUGGAGGCUAUGGCUUAGCUUUACAGGAAGAUAGUGAGAAAGCUGGGAAGGUGACAUCUGCUGGGAUGUACUUUUUGCAUUUUCAAGUUUAUCGACUGGACUCGACACUGAAUGCUUUAGCAAUGGCUAAAGAUCCUGAAUCUGCAUUCUUUAAAAGAUUGGAAGGUCUGCAACCAUGUGAGGUUGCGGAAUUGAAAGCGGGCACCCACAUAUUUGCUGUUUAUGGUGAUAAUUUUUUCAAGCCUGCAAGCUAUACUAUUGAAGCUCUUUGUGCAAAGUCAUACGAGGAAACAACACAAAAGCUAAAGGAUAUUGAGGCCCAAAUUUUGGCAAAAAGAAAUGAGUUGCGACAGUUUGAGUCAGAAUAUAGAAAGGCUUUGGCGCGUUAUCAAGAAGUAAUGAACAGAUACAAUCAGGAGAAGCAAAAUGUUGACGAACUCUUGAAACAAAGGGAUAGCAUACAGUCAUCUUUUACCACUGCAAAGACGGUCAAUAAUGUUUCUGGGAGCAGUAGUAAUAGCAAGUCUCCUGGUGAGGACCCUGUUGAUGAGAGUGGUUCUGAAGGGAAGAACACAAGGAAAAAGUGGUUUCCUUUGGGAGGCUCGAACAGAAAAGCUGGCUGAUUCUGACACAGUUUAUCCACAGUGAUUUUUAUACAAAACACACUACUGGAAUGAAGGUCGGGUUUCCUUUCUUGUAUGAUUUUGAUGGUUCUCCUAAAUUCCCUCAUUUGAGGGUACAUGUAUCCUAUCACGUUUCUGAUAGUAUGAUCGAGAGCAAGCUUUUGAUUUAAACAAUGUGUGUAAAUUCAUCCAUUCAUUAUACACAACCUUUUGGACCAUUUUUUGGCUGGCAAUCAAUUUGAAAGAAGAGAGGAGCAUAAUUGUGUA